AGCUGUUACGAGUGCAGCUGUUUGUUUGUGGCUGAACUGUAAACAUGGCUCUUGUUAGACGAAUUUUAUCCUCGAGAAAAUCUUCAUUAUGGAGUUUAUUACACCAGCAGAAAGGUUGUAUGUCAUCAUUGCCAUCACCUAUUUUGAAACCAGAUGUUAAAUAUGCUCAGAUAUUUAUAAAUAAUGAGUUUGUUAAUGCUGAAAGCGGUAAGACGUUUCAAACCAUCAACCCGACAACAGGGGAGGCAAUCUGUGAAGUAGCAGAGGGAGACAAGGCAGAUAUUGAUAAAGCUGUCCGUGCAGCUCAAAAUGCCUUUCAACUUGGGUCACCAUGGAGAACUAUGGAUGCGUCAGAGAGAGGUCUACUCCUGUACAGAUUAGCUGAUCUGAUUGAACGAGAUAGACAGAUUCUAGCCUCUUUGGAAACACUGGAUAAUGGUAAACCAUAUAAUAUAGCUAUUGCUGCUGAUUUGGGACUGGUUGUCAAGUGCUACAGAUAUUAUGCUGGAUGGGCAAAUAAAAAUCAUGGAAAAACUAUUCCAAUCGAUGGAGAUUAUCUCACGUAUACUCGACAUGAACCUGUUGGUGUUUGUGGACAAAUUAUACCUUGGAACUUUCCUUUAUUGAUGCAAGCAUGGAAACUAGGUCCAGCUCUUGCCAUGGGAAAUACUGUUGUCAUGAAAACAGCCGAACAGACGCCAUUAACAGCUCUUCAUGUAGCACAAUUAGCCUCUGAGGCCGGUUUUCCUCCUGGUGUUAUAAAUAUUGUACCAGGUUACGGACCUACAGCUGGUGCUGCCUUGUCCAGACACCCAGAUGUUGAUAAAGUUGCUUUUACAGGAUCUACAGAGAUUGGACAACUUAUAGCUCAAGAUGCUGCAAGAACCAACCUAAAACGAGUAACAUUAGAACUUGGUGGAAAAAGUCCAAAUAUCAUUUUAGCUGACGCAGAUUUGGAUCAUGCAGUAGAACAGGCUCAUUUUGGUCUGUUUUUCAAUCAAGGACAGUGUUGUUGUGCUGGUACCAGAAUAUAUGUAGAAGAUAAAAUAUAUGAUGAAUUUGUAGAAAAGAGUACAGAAAGGGCCAAAAAAAGGGUCGUAGGUGAUCCUUUUACAAACGUAGAACAGGGACCUCAGGUCGAUAAAGAACAAUUUGAUAAAGUUUUAAAUUAUAUCGACAUUGGUAAAAAAGAAGGAGCUAAAAUGACGACUGGAGGAAAGAGAGUGGGUGAUCGAGGCUACUUCAUUGAACCAACAGUAUUCUCCGACGUCAAGGACAAUAUGGUUAUUUCACAAGAAGAGAUUUUUGGACCAGUUAUGAGUAUUUCCAAAUUUUCAAGUUUAGAUGAGGUUAUAAACAGAUCCCACAAUACCAUAUAUGGUCUGGCAGCAGCUGUUUUUACCAAGGAUGUAGAAAGAGCCCUUUAUUUAUCGAACAGCUUGAGAGCAGGAACAGUAUGGGUAAACUGCUUUGAUGUUUUCGACGCAGCAGCACCAUUUGGAGGUUACAAGAUGUCUGGUAAUGGUCGUGAAUUGGGAGAGUAUGGUUUAGAUAGCUAUACAGAGGUCAAAACGGUCACCAUUAAGAUCCCACAGAAAAAUUCCUAAUAAGGAAAAGAAAAACAGAGUACAUCUAAGCAACAUCCGACAUAAUUAGAUCAUAUUAUUUUCAUCUUACCAUAAUCUAAUGAACAAAUAAUUAUGUGAUUGUACUAAUUUGUCUCCUUCCUGUGUAGAAAUAUAUUACAGUGGCCUUAUAUCAAUUUAUAUAUCAAUAAGGAAUGUGUUACACAAAUCUUUAAAACAAGGGAAACAAAUCACUCCGCUUUUGUCAAGUGAAGUCAGUUGUAAGCAAUCGUUUAAAGUUCAGAUCCCAGUCCAUGUAUGAGGAGAAUUGUUACAGGUUUGGUUUGGUAGAUAUUUACGAUUUUAACCAUUCUGUCCUAUUAUACUCACAGUGGCCUUGGACAAAGCACCAAUCUAUGCUCAAAUGUUAGCGUCGUCGUAUAGUUUUGUGUGAAUUUUAAACGAAACAAAAUGAAAAAUAUUAAUAUAUUUAAGGAUUAUAAACCGUCAGUUCAUAAUAAUACAACUUUAUAGAUUUACUACUUCUUGGUUUGUUACAUACAACGUUUCAAUACUCUUACAGGUAUCUUAAUCAAGCAAUGAUAAAAAAAAAUGAAUAACAACCUCCAUCCAUGAGUAAAACAAUUUAACAAUCCAAACAUAACAUUAAUUAAGACUUCUAACAACAACCAUAUUCCCUUAUUUAUAAUAGAUUAAAAUGGGGACCGAAGUUUUUCUUUUGUUAAAAUUUGACAUAUUCUGAGACAAAUGUUUAUUGGACUGUUGAUGUAUUGUAGCUUUACAGUAGUAUUUUACUGACUUUUGUCCAGUGAAAAAUAUUUUGAUAAAUAUGUUAUAUUUAUUACAUGUUAAGUUGUUUUAUAUAUACCUUUUAUUUAGAUUCUUUUUCUAAUGAAAUUGUUAUAAAGUCUGAGCCAGGACUUCGCAAUGUCUCUGAUGAAAUUGUUAAAGUGCAAGCCAGAUCUUCACAAUAUUUCUAAUAAAAUUGUUAAAGUCGGAGCCAGAUCUUCGCAAUGUCUCUGAUGAAAUUGUUAAAGUCCGAGCCAGAGCUUCACAAUAUCUCUGAUGAAAUUGUUAAAGUCCGAGCCAGAUCUUCGCAAUGUCUCUGAUAGUCAUUUGGGGAAUUCAGAAUCCCUUGCAAACUACAAUAUUAUGAAAGUUGAAAAAUAGUCCAAUUCAAUUCAUUAUUUACAAAAUUGUGAUGAAUUGAAAAGUUGUCAAUAUUCGGACAGGAUGCUGAAAUGUUUUGAUUUUGUUUUCUUAAUUUUGAUAUCAGGAUAAGUACAUUUAACGGGGAUUAUGUUGUGAAAAAAAUUCAUAUUGUCUGAAAAAUACCAUUGACGAUCAGCGACGGUAACUGAAAAUUAGGCACAAGUCAUCUGUAAUUCUGUCUGGUACAGAUUUUGAUGUUUUUAUGCACCCAUAUUGAAAUGCGGUCGUAUAUUGUUGUCGCCCCUGUCCAUCCUGUGUCCAUAAUGUUUUGCGGGCUAAAGUUAAUAUCCAAUUGUAAAUUUAUACACAAUGUUUAAGAUCAUAAGACGAAGAAGCCUAUUGAUUUUCAACGACUUCUGACAAUUACUGCCUGAGUUAUGGCCCUUGAUCACUCUAAAAAAAAUUGUGGAUGCUCUUAACGCUAAAGUUAACAUCCAGUUGUCUUUAAAUUUAUACACAGUGUUACAGUCGUGCGAUGAAGACGCCUUAAUGAUUUUCAACGAUUUCUGAUAAUUACUGCUAGAAUUAUGGCCCUUGAUCCCUUUGAAUUAUCUCGGAUGCUGUAGAGGUUAUUAAUCAGAUUUGAGUAUGUUGUAAAUGUUACCAUUACUUACAAAAGAAAAAAUAUAUGACAACCCUUGUUGAUUGCCAAGACGACUUAGCUGUUGUGGGCGUAUGUUUUGUUGCUUGGCAACCUAUAUGUAUUGAUAUUUUCAAUGCAUGUCCAGCACGAAAGUUGUGGCUCAUGUUUUUGUCCCGAGGAUGUAGACUAUUCAAGAAAACUUAAACUAAUGUAGGUCCUAAUGCUGUGUUUUAAUUGGCCGGUAGCUAAAAUUUAUGCUUAAGUUUUCAUGAAUAUAGGUCUUUAGAUCCACCCAGUCAGUAUUCAUCAAAUAGUAUGGUUAAUGUGUUCAUCAACAAGGCCCAUUACAGCUGUUUAUUGUUGUAUGUAUGAUUUUGUAUCGUUACCAUAUAAGAUGAAUCAAUCUGAUUAAAACACAGAUCCAAUUUUGAUUCGUUUUUUAUAGUUCAAAAACUACAAAGAUUUUAAAGUAGGGUUUUCUCGUGAAGCAAUUUAACUAAAAUUUUCUGCAUAUUCCCUUUACAUCAUUUAGUUUUUAACUAUUAUAGUGAGAACUGCCAGCUCUUUAUUUAAUCUUUCAUAAUGUAUCUUGAAUUAAUUUCACCAUUAAAUCAUGAAAUACAAUUAAUUA